GAGUGAGGGAGUUACCAGAGGAGCAGCUGCUAUUAGACGGGUGACGGUCACUCAGAGCACAGUGCACUUUCUGUCUGCAAAAAUGCGUCUGAUUUUUGCCUUCGUAGUUCUCAUUACUGUGGUGAUCACAAACACGUCGGCACUGCCGCCCCUUCCACCACUGAUCCCGCCCGCCUUGAGCGGCAUAAAUGACCUCAUAAAGAACCCUCCUAUUCCACACUGCAUUAAGAUAUUCUUCCUGCCCCACCGAUUAUGCUGGUCAUGGGAGAACGAUCUGUCAGAAACCCUCUGUAGCGCCAGCAAUUCGGAUACUGCUGCUCCUGCAUCGAGUGAUAGCGGUGCCACUGGCUCCCAGUCUACGACUGGAAACAAUGAAUCGCCUCAAAGCCCGUCUCCUGGAAGCACGAUACUAGGAUCCGCUGGCAAAAGCUUGUUAUCUGGAAAGUAGAAGACGCUCCAUAUGUAGCAAGAAAGCAAGAAGAGACAUCCACCCCUUUCCCGGGCUUCUGUUCUGAGUGAUACCAUUGCUAUAUGAAAAAGGACGCUAAUAUACAGACUACUCACAUUCUCCUGGUCAAUAAACUUAAUAGAACCUAAUAGAACAAACCGCCGUGCACCUGCGUGUUUCACUUGAAGUUUUGUCGAAUGGCGAUAGUCUUCUCUUUGAGAGAGAGAAUAAAAUUUUUAUUUGAUGUACA